AUGGUCGAUGAUGACGUGUACGACUCGACAACCGACCCUGACGAGGACCCGAGCCUCUAUUACAACCACUCGUGCGAUCCCAACUCGUGGUACAUUAACCCACGUUGCAUGGUCGCGCUGCGCGACAUUCAGCCCGGCGAGCAAGUCACGUACGAUUAUGCCUCAACGGAAACCGAGGGUAGCAUGCACGCCGGUUUGAUCUGCCGCUGUGGCGCCGCGUGCUGCCGCGGCACGCUCAGAUUUUCCGAGUGGCGCUCGCGCGAUUGGCAGCAGCGAAACGCCGGCCACUGCUCGUCGUACAUCGAGAGGAAGAUGGCCGAGUCGGGGUGGUACGACCCGCGCGUGGUUCCGCGCUACAAGGGCGGCGCGGAUGGUUCCAAGGGGCUGUUCGCAUUGGCGAGCAUCGGACGCGGCGAACGGGUUCUCGUUUUCGCCGGCAAGGCUAUCGGCGACGCAAACACGCGAAAGCUCUCGCUGCAAAUGAACGACUCCGAGUCGUUAGACGGGCAGAAAACCGAUACUACGCGUGCGCCCGAGACGCCCGAACUGAUAAACCACUCGAGCGACCCAAACUGCGGAUUGGAAGAAGACUCGGUGACGGUGGUGGCCUUGCGGGACAUUGCACCAGGUGAAGAGUUGAGCAUCGACUACGGCAGCAUUAUCUCCGGCGUCAACCGCACCGUUCAGUGA